AUGGCGAGCAAAGCUCAAGCAUUCCAGCAAGCCUGCCGCCUCCAAAAUCGCACCCACACAGGUGGACGACAGCUGUUGCGCACGACUCACUUCCACCAGCACCAAAUCCUACCGAAUAGCACGCGAGCAAUCUCAACCACCGCUACUACAAAAGGCACCAUUCCCCCAUCACAAGAAAACGCGCGUCGACAAGCUCCCUCUCGACGGAAUGCGCUUCCACAAUCCCAACUGCGCCACGCCAGCACCUCCCCUCCGCAAGGGCAGAGCCGAAGGGCCAUCACGGUGACCAGCGACGACGGGCGGUACGACUGGUCAGAGCUGAGCCGCGGGGAGAAAGCGGCGCGCUCGACACAGCAGACUUUCAAUUUCCUGCUCGUCUCCGGCGGCGCCGUUCUCACUAUCACAGUCUUCUACCUGCUAUAUACCGAACUCUUCGCACGGGACAGCUCGACGAUCCAAUUCAACGCGGCGGUGUCGCGCAUCAAGGCGAGCCCAGAGUGCCGCGCGCUGCUGGGGCCGUCGCGCCAGAUCAAGGCAUAUGGGGAGCCUACGUCGAACAAAUGGGCCCGCGCGAGACCCUUGGCCUACAGUAACCAUGUCGACAAGUUUGGCACCACGCAUUUCCACAUGCAUUUCAAUGUCGAGGGUCCCAGCGGAGUGGGUGUGGUCAAUGUCCAGAUGACACGGCCCAAGGAUGGGGAUGGUGGGCUGGAGUAUGAGCUGUUGAGUCUGAACGUCAAGGGCCAUGAGACCGUGUUUCUUGAGAAUAAAGCUGCAGAGAGGGGCAUCAAGGGCAAGGCCUCAAAAAUGUUUGGCGUGCAAUGGAGAUAA